UUAAAGUGAUACCAGUGAAAACGGCACAUGAUGGAUUCGUUGGAACACAACGAUGAAAUUACCGUGUCUCAGAUCGCAAUUUACGCGACUCUCUCUUGUAUUAUUGUGUCCUUUAUUUGUGUUCUUAUUUACCUUACUUGUUCGAAGCGCUAUAAACUUAAUUGGUUUGAAAACAAUCUUUUGGAAACUGCAAAGGAAAACGAAGAGAAUGCUCAAAGGUUAUAAAACGAAGCUUUGAGGUCUUCCCUUGGUUUGUAAGUGAAACUGACUUUUUUUCUAUUUUUUUUUUGUUUUGAACUUAGCCAUGAAGUGCUUGUUCACUGUGGUAUGUCUUUUAAUAAUGAGAGUUCAGUAGCUGGAAGUUCAAGAUCAUUAAACCGUAACAUCAGCAGUCCCACAUCUAAUCAUACAGAAGAUCCAACUUUUUGGGUACCUGCCGGGACGUCUGGAACUGGUCAUUGUAGUGACAUUCAUUCAGACGAUUCUGACGCUCAAACGCCAACGUCACCUACGAGUAGCAACCGUUCCUUUGCUUUGUCCAAUUAUUCGAUUCCUAUUGUUCGUUCUGAUAAACAUAUUGUGUUAGCAACGACAAGCCCAGCACGACCAAAAAUGGCCUCCAUGCAAGCCAAACUUGAUCACACAAAGAUAGAUACGUCACUUUAUAAGAAUUCACCUCAAAAACUUCCAUCGCUGUCAUCUCAAGAGUCACGCGGAACUCUACACUUUUGCAUGCUUUAUGAUCCGAUUGCAGGAAUUUUAACCAUAAGACUUAUUGAAGCUCAAGAUCUUCAGCCAAGAGAUUUUAGUGGAACUGCGGAUCCAUAUGCGAAAGUGAGACUUCUUCCAGAUGCUACAAAAACCAACAUGUGGCAAACAAGAAUCCAUAAAAGAACUCUAAAUCCGGUUUUCGAUGAAGAUUUCGUGUUUGAAGUUCGGCCGGCAACAAUUGGACGUCGUACACUUGAGAUUCUUCUUUAUGAUUUCGAUGCUUACUCACGACACGUUUGCAUUGGUGGCUUGAAAAUUCAGUUAGCUCAUGUAGAUUUAUCAGAUAAAGUUGAAUUAUGGAAAUCAUUGGGACCAUGUGAUGAACAAGAUGCCAAAGUUGAACUUGGAGAUUUAAUGAUUUCGCUUUCAUAUUUACCAUCAGCUGAAAGACUUACGGCUGUUGUUUCGAUAAUUCAUAAUGGCAAACGGCUUAAGAAAAAGAAGACUGCAGUUUUACGCAACACAGUUAAUCCAGUUUUCAAUGAAGCGCUCACAUUCGAUAUUGUGAAAGAUACUCUGAAGCACUCUGUAAUUGAGUUCCUAGUCAUGCACGACAGUCUGCUAGGCGCCAAUGAGUUAUUGGGUCGAGCACUUGUUGGAAACUCACAUGAGGUUCGAGUUGAAGAUAAACAAUUUUUUGAUGAAAUCUUUCGAACAAAGACAGCAACAGCUCAAUGGAUUUCAUUAUCCGAUCCGAGAAGUUCUCGAUAA